CUCCCUUUAAAAGUGGAUGUUAAUGAAAUGCGGGUUUUGGGGGUUAAAUUCGAUGCAGAAGGUUUGGGCGGCGGGAACUGGGAGGACAUUUUUAAGAAAAUACAAAGAAAGGGCAGGGAGCCUACGUGUCCAGUGAGAGGGCUGGCACUAGGCCAAGCAGGAAAGAUUUGGAAGGAGGUGGCCCACCCGGACCUGCUGAACCGCCAUCGGGACCUGGCCUGGCAGGUGGCGCACGGGGUCCUCCCUGUACGAGCAGUAAUGCACAGAAGAGGGAUGUCAAGAAUUGCAGUGUGCCCUAGAGAUGGCUGUGGCUAUGAAGAGCCAGUGCGGCACCUCCUGUGGGACUGUGAGGCGGCCCAGGCCCUCUGGAAGGAGGUGUGCCCUCUGCUCCAGCACCUGCACCUGCACCCAGGGAUAACACUGCCAGCUGGUCUUAUAUGGGACAAAAGGAAAAAUAAAAGCAAAUGCGUGGACUCAAGCAUGGCAGGUGGUGAACUGCACAGAAGAGGCCCUGUGGAAGGCAAGAUGCCUGCUGGUGCUGGAGGACAAAUUACUGAAGAAGGAACAAAUGAAGAGGGUGGCCUGGGCCGCAGUAAAAGAAUACAUGUUCCGAGACGGUCGACGGAAGGAGGAUUAGACUGCUCAGGUCCAGGACUCCCAUUAUGAUGGGACAGCAGGUAAGGAGUGAAGGCAGUUGUUUAAAGACACGUCCUGCCCUGCACGAAAGCAUAGUGUCUAAUUUUAUUGGGAUUGCUUUUAAAAUGUAUGUAAAAUAAAUUUAUUGGAAUGGGAUGGAGUUUUGGAAGAUUUUGGAGUGUGUUGUGCAUGGAAAAUGGUUUGUGUUUUUAAAAUAUAAUGUUUUAUUUGGAAUUUGUAGAAAUUGAGUACAUUUAGAUUGUCAUCAAUUUUAAAU